AUGUUGAAAAGGAUGCAAAGACUUCAAAAACCUUUGUCUCACGUUCUUGCUGAUUCUACCGACACUGAGUCUGUAUCUGGUAUCGAAUGGUCUAAAACAAAUUGCUUACUGAAGGUAAUGAAGCCGUUAUAUGACGCCACACAAAUAUCAUGUGGAGUUAAAUAUCCGACUUUAUCAAUGGUAAAACCAUUGCUGUUUGGGAUAACAAAUGGUCUGAAUAGUAUCGAAUUUGACUACGACGAUGCAUCGGAAAUGGGACGAGAAUUUAUAGAUAAUAUCUUCAAUGGUCUAGAUGUCAGAUUUUGUGAGGUUGAUCGUGAUAUUAUUUUAAAAAAAAGCACUUAUCUGGAUCCCUGGUACAAAAAUUAUUUUUACAAAGAAGAGGAAGUAAAAGAAAUAGAAGAUGAUAUAAAGCUCGAAAUUAUGAGAUUCUUGAUGCCAGACAAUGAUUCUCAUGAACUUGAUGUUUUGACCAGAGAACAUAAUGGAAACCAGUAUUCGGGAUUUUGGAGUUUCAUGAAACGACCAACAAUUAACGCACGAGAAAAAAAUUUAGAGACUUUGCGUAAUGAAAUAUUGCAGGAAAUGGUGGUGUAUCUAAACUGUGGUUUGAUAAAUCCUCAGCAAGGUCCACUUAUUUGGUGGCGACAAGAAAAAAAUAAAUAUCCCCGAUUAUCACUUAUGGCGAGAAGAUAUUUAGGAGUACCUUGUACUUCUGCUGAAAGUGAAAGAUUAUUUUCCACUGCUGAAGAAAGUGAACUUCUGGUCAAAAAUCCUCCAUCAGAAAUGUCACAUUCAUCUAUUGUCAUGGGAGAAGAAUUUUAUAAUAGCAUUGUGACAAUGUUAGAUGAAAGAAAAAUCAUUGAAGGUGAAGAACUGAUCACAAAGGAUGAAGAUGAUGAGACAAAUGAGUAUACGGAGUGUAUUGGUGUACCGGAAGAUGAUGAUAAUUUUGUAGCUCAAGAAUUUGCCCCCGAACCACGUGACUAUAUUCCACUGUCGUAUAAAGAGAGGGCAGUUGCUAUUGCCGAUGCUCACCCAAAAUGGAGUUUGAAAUGCCUUCAAAAGCAUGGGGCAUCACGAUUAAAGCAUAAGCAGAAUUUAUAUCGAUGGAAAGAAGAUGUCAAACGUGGAGGUACUUAUUUUGACAAGUGA